AUGGAUAUGAACCUCGUCUCCGGUACCAUCCCUCUCCCUAUUUCCCAAGAUCUUCCCAAGGGAUAUCUUGAUGCCACAACAAAGUCAGCCCGUCGCGCGGUGUUCACUCAUCAGCCGUUCUCGUCCUCCGUGAGCAAUGGCGUUUAUCCCAUCAAUGGGAUUGAGCCAGCGUGGUUAGACAAUAAGCGAUCCCUUUUCACCCUCACCCUCGAGCCCGUCUCCACAAUGUACAGCCUGGAUGCAAAGUUGGUGUCUUUCUUUGACACGUGUGCGGUCAAACUUGCCAUCUACACAGUGCCUAUUGCUGCUGAUGCCAUUGUUCCGAGUGUGGCAAGGGUGGGUGGAGUCUUUGAUUGUUUUUUUUUUACGAACAGCUCUACUGACAAAGGUCUGUUUACUAUCCUAAGAGGCAUUUUCAAAUCUUCAACAUUUAAAGCCAUUAAGGUAAUUGUGAAAUUUUGGGGUGGUUUCGUUGCUUGUUGA